UGUGAAACGGUUCAGACAGGAAAGCGGACGGAAGUGAGGUUAAACGCCAAUUUUCCUCCGCUAAAGGAACUCAAGUUUGGUAACAUUGUCGGGAUAGUUUGCCGCGUGUUAGCGGCUAAGCUAGGCUAACGAGCAGUUGAAUACAGAUUCCGCGAGCGUCUAUUCGAAGAUUAAGUAAUGGACGCCGAUCUGGAAGAUGGAGAGAUUUCCGGCUCCGGUUCAGACUCUGAGAUGAAAACCGCCACAGCGGCGGGACCAGCUGGACUCUUGCAACCUCCAGCCUUUAGCGGCCAGUCUUUCCAGCACACAGCUGCCACUUUGCCACCCGCUGUUCCUUAUAGAAACUCCGGCAGGCCGGCGGAGUCCAGUGACAGCGACUUGGACUCGUCCGACGAGGAAGGUGCCGCUUGGCGCAGCAAACGUCAGAAAGUAUCCAACAAUCGCCAACCAGCCGCGAUCAUUGCCCGGCCGGCACCGAACCGCCUACCCGACGCAUGCACACUGCGAGGCCGCAAGGUGAACAACAUUUGGGGCUCCGUGGUGCAGGAGCAGCGCCAGGAUGCAAUAGCUGCAGAACUUUGUGUCUUCGGCAUGGACGGUGAGAUUUCCACGUCGGACAGAAACGUGGAGACCUACAACUACGUCCUGGCUCGGAAGAUCAUGGAGAAGGAGAGGCAGAUGGAGAAACAGCAACAAGAUGAAGGGGAAGUGAAAAUGCUGGAUGAGCAGUUGCACGAUUACAUGAGGGGCCAAGGGUCAGAGGAGAGAACUGGGGGUGACGCGAAAAGGAAAAGGCCAGUGAAAGAGAGACUGGGCCCUUUAGCUGAGAUGGACGUCAAAGGCCGCUAUGAGAUAACCGAAGAUGACCCCGAGGAGAAAGUCGUGGACGAGAUCGCGCACAGGCUGCAAGAGCCGAAAAAAGACCUGAUAGAACGCAUCGUGAGAGUCGUCGGGACAAAAAAAGCCAUAGAACUGCUGGGCGAGACGGCCACGCUGGAGGAAAGCGGCGGCGUCUACACCCUGGACGGCAGCAGACGCCGCACGCCCGGCGGGGUCUACCUCAACUUGUUAAAGAACACGCCCGGCGUCUCUCGGGCUCAGAUCAGAGAGAUCUUCUUUGACGAGAGUCAGAAAGAGCAGAAGAGCAAGAAGGCGGCCCAGAAGAGGAGACGGCACCUGGUGGCGAAAAAGAUGAAGCAGGCCAUCGGCACGCUGAACCUGCAGGAGCACGACGAUGUCUCCAGGGAGACUUUUGCCGGCGACACCAACGAGGCCUUGGAGUCUCUCGAAGAGGCCGCAAAGGACGAAGAGGAGGGCCAGGAGGAAGAGCCCACCGUGGGUACGGAGGACACACCGGUGGUGUACAGCUCAGGAGACUUGGAGGUCUUCUGAGAGUCAAAUGGCAUCUAGACUGUUUAGACGGGGGGGGGGGGAUUGGGAAUUCACCCAAGCAUCCAACCCUUUUGGAAACUGUCAUAAAACCUGCAAAAAACAAAUGUAUAUAUAUAUCUUGAUGCAUCCGCUAGUGAUAUAUAUAACAUUAUUUGAUCAUUGCCUCAUGUUUAUGUGAGUGGUUGUGUGUGUGUGUAACCCCGCCCCCCCCCGCCUGAUUAGGGUUGUACUAUAGAAAAUGUCUGUGUAUCGUAAGACUUGACUUUAUUCAAAAAAAAUAAUGCUCCUAUUCCUGGUCUCGACUGUAAAUCACUGGACAACUAAUCUCGACUGAAUCUAGCAUAAUCAUGUUAAGCUUGUUUUAUUUUAACUUUUUUUUUUUUUUUUUUUUAAGAUAGUAUCUACAUACAGCAAUGUUGGUUUUGUUCAUUAUUCCAAUGUUGAUAUUGGUGCACAGACACUGCAGUGUGUCUUGCAGACCGCAUUUGUUUUGUUUGA